CUCCACUCUCCAGCAGUACAUGUUUAAUACUCUCAUCCUUUUCUUCUCUUUGACUGAGUUUGGCAGAUUGGAGCUGAGUGGGACCCCAAGCUGCUCAAUUUCCCUCCUGAUUUUCCACAUUAUCCCGACAUAUACGGGCGACAGAAACCAGUUUGUUCCCAGGCCUCUGGUUAAUUUCAAUGAUGCUGCUGUGUCUGUUUAUGACCUCGACUUGAAGAUACCUGAUCAUCAACAGUGUCUGAAGGCUGGUCCCCAGAACAAUCUCGGCUUACGCACAGAACCAGAGCCGGUGGCUGUCUCUGUGAUCAAAAAUCUUUUCCUUCAAUCAUCAUGAUUGACUUGAGCUUCCUGAUGGAGGAGGAGCAGGAGAUGAUCCUGUCGGUUCUGAAGAGAGAUGCUGAGCUCAAACAUAAAGAAGAGCAACGGAUCAAAAAGCUGCAGGAGACCAAGCGAGAUGAGUGCCAACUGAAGUACCUGACAGGAGAAUGGUUUUACGAGGCCAGGUCAAAGAGGCACAGAGACAAGAUGCAUGGCUCCGACAUCAUUAAAGCUUCCAUGAAACACGGGAAACCUGUGACUAUAAUGGAGCUCACACAGAUCUGGCCAGGAAAGUCAAGCUUUUUGAAAAGUGAAAGCAAGGACAUCUUUAUCCCACCAGAACUCUCCGGAUUAAUAGGGGAACCAUCAUCAUGUGAACAUGAUACCAGUGAUCAGUACCAAGAGGCAGAACAUAAACCUUCCCCAUAUCCUCAAGCAAAGCCUAGACAGAAUCCUUUCAACAGCAAACCCGUAGCAUUAGAAUGUCCUGAAAAGACAGAUGGACAUUUGCAAACUGGUGCAAAUAUCCAGCAGAUACCAAAGAACUUGCACCAGGUUCCUGCAGAUCAGCAGCCAGCAGCAGCGUCACUGUCCUCGUUGCCUAAACCGUGCCAGACGGCACAGGUCCCUGCCGAGGAUCAUCAUGAAGAUCUUGCUGAGCCUCGUUCCUCACAGGUGUCUGAGUCCUCUGACUCUGUUGUACAACAAGAUGGCCGUGACAGUCCUAGCCCAGUAAGAACAGUACAGAGGAAGGCCAGUGUCAGACCCCUUUCUGUUUCCAAGAGUUUGGAGGACCUGGCAACCGUGCCCUCCAAAGACGAAAGAUGGAAAAAUGAACCAAGCCUUGGCAUAAUACAGACUGUGGAGGAAGCUCCGGAUGCACUCACAAUUGCUGUCUUGGACCCAGAGCAGAGUAAGAGGCUGAGUGUCUCAGUACCUGCUUUUAUGCACGAGCAGGGUAACGGCAGAGAAAGCGACUGUCUCUCCGAGAAUAGUUUCUAUUCUGAAAGACCGAGGAAAAGCAGCACAUAUACUAACACCAGUUUCUCAUCUGGCCUCGCCUCCAUGUCUUCUGUCAGUGGCAGUGUGACAAACAUUUACGGCACAGACUUUGGACAUGUGGAAGUUAAGGGAACCAUCCAGUUCGCCAUUAACUAUGUGAAUAAACUGGAAGAGCUCCACAUCUUUAUAGUCCAGUGCAGAGAUCUGGCAGUGGCAGAUCCUAAGAGGAACCGUUCUGACCCGUAUGUUAAAUGUUAUCUUUUACCUGACAAAGCAAAGCUGGGGAAAAGAAAAACAUCUGUGAAGAAGAAGACUCUGAACCCUAGUUAUAAUGAAAUCCUACGGUAUAAGAUGCCACUGGAGAACUUAAAGGUUCACACUUUAAAUGUCUCUGUGUGGCAUAAUGACACGUUUGGAAGGAACAGUUUUCUUGGGGAAGUGAACGUGGAUUUGUCUGAGUGGGACAAUAAUACGCACAUGAUGGACUGCACCCUCAAAGGAAGGACGGUGACUCCGUCCAGUCCAAAGCAUGUUAACCACAAUGUGGAAAUGUGUGGAGAUAUGAGAAUAUCUUUGCGUUUCCUUCUGCAGACUUCUCAAAUUGUAGGUAACAAGACACCACAGACUGGUGAGAUUCAGGUCUGGAUAAAGGAAUGUACCAAUCUAGCAUCCAGAAACAGGACUAUAGACCCCUUUGUAAAAUGCUUAAUACUUCCGGACAACAAUCAGAAAAACCGACAGAAAACUCGGGUUGUAAAGAGAACUGCAAACCCAGUGUUCAACCACACCAUGGUCUAUGAUGGCCUCAGGCAGGAGGACCUGAGAGACACCUGUGUUGAACUCACUGUGUGGGCCCAUGACCGGCUCAGUAAUCACUUCAUAGGAGGCACAAGGCUUGGUCUUGGAACAGGCAAAUGUCAUGGCACUGAGGUAAAGUGGAUGGAUUCUAGCUCUGCUGAAUCUGCAUUGUGGAGAAGAAUGAUUGAAUCAAAGAAUGAGUGGGUAGAAGACACUGUACCUUUGAGGAUGUUCAUCAUGACAAGAUAGUAACAGUCCAAUUGUUUGGCAAAAAAAAAAAGGUGUGAAAAAUGUUAUAGAACAUCAAAUUGAAGGAUGUGGUAUACACUGAUAAAUAUACACACCUUCAUUUGAGAUCACAUCAAACACUACAUUAUGUUUGGAAUAAGGAGUGCUGAAAAUGUGUAUGUUUUACCUGUUGUAAAAUUUACUUGUGUAUAUAUAAUUACAUAGACACGAGUGUUUUAAGGGAAAUAUGACACUCGUAUUUUUCAUACAAACUACAUCCAGGACAUUGAGAACUACAGUGUUUCAGUAUGUCACUUGUGAGGAUAUCGAAGAAUUGUUUAACAAAUUGUGUUUUUUUUUUUUUUUUUGGUGUGUGUGUGUGUGUGUGUGUAAUAAAAAGAAUCAUAUGAUGGCUUGAAGACAUGAAGUUUAUCUACUCAUGUUGAAAGACUUGUAUUUUUCAUAUGAAAUACAUCGUGGAUCUAAGUGACAUUUAAAUAAUAUUGGCUGGUGUUGAGUGGUCUAUCAGAUAUAUUCCAUUCAGCUAGCAUGACAUUGAACAAGUCAAAGAUGAGUUUAGUAUCAUGGUAGCUGAAUGAAAUAUAGCUGAUGUACCACAAAGUUGUUGUGUUUUUUGUUAUUAUAAUUAUUAUUUAUACAUACUCUCUUCAUAUCAGCAUUCUUGAAGGCCAACACUAGCUUACACACAACUCUGUGCUGUUUGCGUGGCAGUGCAGUCACCUUCCAGCUGGUGUAGCAUUCAUCAGUAGUGUUAGCGAAUACUAAUAAAGCAGUCAAGCCAGUGCUAUCAAGAGAAAGUAGCACAGGCUAACGACUGAGAAACUUAA